UAUGUUUCUUUUUUUUAUCUCUUUUCAUUGAGUUUAUACAUUAAAUUGCAAGUGAACUAAAUAAUUUAUCGCAAAAGGUGCGGUUUAAAUCACCAAAUUGCUUUGGAAUUGAUAAUAAAUUGAGCAAAACUAGCGUAGUUUUGUACUUGAAUAGCAAAAUAAACAAAAGAAAUGGCAAAGAAUACAUCAAGUUCGGCUUUUCGUAAGAUAAAUGUCGAUCAAUACAAUGAAGACAAUUUCAAAGAAGACGAAAUUGAUUCGAAUGGAACAGCAUACACUGGACCCGAUGAUGCAGAAAUAACAAAACUAAUUAACACCGGCAAAAAUAUUGAAGCGUUGAAAUUGGUACUUGAAAAUGCACCAUUGACCAGCAAAAAUCAACAAACCAAGGAAAGUGCACGACAAUUGACACUGAAAGUACUGCUAUCGAUCAAACCCACUCAAAUGGAUGGUGCAAUAACAGCUUUGAACGAUGUGGAUUUGGUGGACGUUCUCAUGAAGUACAUUUAUCGAGGCUUCGAAUUUCCAUCGGAUAAUUCCAGCGCUCAUUUAUUGCAAUGGCAUGAAAAAGUGUACGCUCGUUAUGGUGUCGGUUGCAUUACACGAGUUUUAACAUGCACAAAUCGAGCGUAAUGCCGACCGGACACACCCGUUUACUAUAAAGCAAGUGUAUGACAGAGUCAAAUGAACCUCUGUAGAUAAGAUUAAAUUGUAAUAAGUGUUUUGAAAACAGCAUUUUUUUCCUCCUUCGAUUAAUAAAUAACUUACUUUUCGGCAGUGUUUAUGGGGACACUGUGAAUUAAUUUA